GUGACUAUUUUCUAAUCUGUGACACCUUGGUACAUGUCACGUCAACUUUUCACGGAAAACGAAAAUAAUAUUCGAUUUACGGUGUUUUCCACGAUUAUAAAUUGAAAAUAUAAUUAUUAUCCCAAGUGCUAAAAUUCAGAGAUGAACUCUGCAACCCCAGGUGUGCCGCAGGUUCCGCUGCUGGACGACGACACCCUCGCGUUUGGGGAAGAGGACAAUGCGGGAAAGAAGUUCAUCCACCCGUACAUCGUGUUCUUCCACCUAGUGUUCCGCUGCUCCGCCAUCGUGGUGUACAUCCUGUGUGGAUGGUUCUCAGACUCCUUCAUAGCGUCCUUCGUGCUGGUUAUCCUGCUGCUGUCCGCUGACUUCUGGAGCGUCAAGAAUAUCACUGGCCGUCUCCUCGUGGGUUUGAGAUGGUGGAACUAUGUGGAUGACGAUGGAAAAUCGCACUGGGUCUUCGAAUCCAAGCAGAACCGUGUGAACCGGAAUGAGAGCAGACUUUUCUGGCUGGGGCUCAUCCUGUGCCCCCUCGUGUGGAGCGGAUUUUUCCUCUUGUGUCUCUUCACCCUCAAGUUUAAGUGGAUGCUCCUCGUACUAAUCGCCCUGACUCUCAGCGGUGCGAACCUGUACGGCUACAUCAAAUGCAAGUUCGGGGCCAAGGAGAACCUACAAUCAGCCACAACCGACUUCGUGAGGAAGCAGAUACUUCAAAACGCUACGUCAUUCAUGUUCUCACAACCUUCUCCGCCUAAUGCGGCUGGUGGGAAUGGUACUGGCGUAGUUUAAGCAGUUUUAGAUUAUAAUUGAAAAUGUAUAGGGGUGGUUUUUGCCAUAAAUGUGUUAAGAAAGAGGUACAACAAAACCAGACUUACUCAACUUUGGGAACAAAUCAAAUUAUUUUAUUAAAUAUUUUGAUUUGUGUUUAUAAGUAGUCACACUACUAUAUAUAAAUUAUAAACUGUAAUAGAUGUCAUAUAUUAAAGAAAAAGUGACGAAGCCCUCCAGUGGUGAAGGCCGGAUUCGAACCGGCGUCUUUAGCUAUCGCGGCUAACGCCAUGAACCCCUAGGCCUCCCCGCCACGGCGGUACCCGUCCCAAUUUCUCGACUAUAUGCCAUCUUAGUAAGACUAGGCGUCUUUGACCAACUCUAAGGGCAAGCAGUAACGCUUGCACCUCCUAUACGAAGUCCUGCACCACUGGAGGGCUUCGUCACUUUUUCUUUAAUAUAUGACAUCUAUUACAGUUUAUAAAACCAGACUUGUUAUUGUUUAAUGUUCUCGCAACCUUCUCCGCGUAAUGCUGUAGUUGAAAAUAGUACUGGCAUAGUUAAAGCCAUUUUUGGACUCUGAUUUAAGGGUUAUAGGCGUGUUUUUUGCUUAAAAUGUGUACCUAAUGAAAAAGAUAAUACAAGUGGCGUUUAUGUUCUCGUAGCCAUCCCCGCCAAAUGCUGCGGGAGUACUUUUAUUGUGAACUCUAAUUUGAAGGGGCAGGAGUUAUUUUGCUAUAAAUAUGUAAUAAUCUGAUGUUCUUGUGUAAAAACUAAAACAUCUUCUUUUGAUAUUUAACACAUUUUUGGGUAAUAAUCAUCUUUACUAUUAUAUUUUCUUUGUAAAUAAAGUUCCUUGAUCUUUGUAAGUAUUUUAUUUAUUUAAGUAAAGAUAUUAUUAAUAAAAUAAUUUGUUGAAAUAUUUUUUAAAUAACGUUUCAUUCAUCUUUGCACACAGAUUGAUAUAAUUCUUUAAUCAUAAUCGUAUUUUCAUUGUGAUUUGUUCGAUGUUUCAUUCCA